AUGAAGAUCUUGAAGUACGCCGAGUUGCAGGAAGAUCAUCUAAAUCCAACUGAUUUCGCAAAAUCCAUGAACAGCAUGGCUAAGUUCGAAUUGAUGUGUCAGGCUGCAUUUUCUGCGGCGAUUCUGGUUUAUUUUGCGCUCGACCCAGCUCGUGGAUUGUACCUCAAACUGAUUAUGAUUGGUGUCAACGCUGGUUACUUGUUCUUCUUGUUCGCAAGGUUGCAUCUUGUUCAAAGCUAUUACUGUGCAUGUCCUACACAGUCUCAUCUUCGGUCUGUUUAUGCUUUAUUUGACUUCAUAACCGAGCAGAUACUCUUCAAAGCGCUAUCUGGUUGA